CCCUCCUCGCGUGGUCGGGCGCGCCGAGACGACGAGGCGAACGCACGCCACGGCAACCGACGCCGCCGCCUCGCCUCCACCGACGACGAGGAGGGAACGAAGCGAGACGCCAUCGUCCGUCGCCCCGCGACGCGUUACUUCUUCCGGACGUACUGCGUUGACAGUGAUCAUUAGUAGAGCUGAUAGUUGAGAGGAAAAUCCUACAGCGAUGUUCUCCUUGAUGUAUGGUCUAUGGCAGCAUGUCUUCAGCAAGACAGAGUUCCAUGUACUUAUCCUUGGAGUUCACAAGGCUGGGAAGACGACCUUGCUAGAAAAGGUGAAGUCAAUCUAUUUGAAAGGGGAGGGCCUUCCACAUGAUCGUAUUGUUCCAACAGUUGGGCUUAAUAUUGGACGAAUUGAAGAUGCCAAUGUAAAACUUGUCUUCUGGGAUCUGGGAGGUCAGCCUGGCCUACGAACAAUCUGGGAGAAAUAUUAUGAAGAGGCGCAUGCUGUAAUAUAUGUUAUUGACUCUGCUGCUGCAUCAUCAUUUGAAGAUGCGAAAUCUGCUCUGGAGAAAGUUCUUGAUCACGAGGAUCUGCAAGGGGCGCCACUACUCAUAUUUGCAAACAAGCAGGAGUUACCAGCAGCUGUGACAGAGGAAGAAUUGGCCAGUCGUCUUCACCUUAAAGAGUUAGACGAGAGGCCAUAUAUGUUCCAGGCUGGAUCCGCCUAUGAUGGGACGGGAAUCAAAGCUGGUAUUGACUGGUUAGUGGAAGAAAUGGAAAGGAGUAAACGCACUGAAGUGCUGAGGGCGCGUACAGAAACAGCUGAGAAGAUUUAACACCAUGAGCCAGACCCGUCAAAUGUGAUUUUCAGAAGCACAAAGGCGUUCGAGGAAAUGAGGAAUGAUGAUUCCUAAUAAUCUCGUGAAUAUGCACAUUGGCAUCCUGUCAUGAUCAAUGGAAGCUCAUCCUCCAGGCUACCCCAGAAGAAAAAUGUCUUGGUUGUGAGGUUCUUGCAGGCUUCAGCUGUACACUUGGUUAGUAAGUCUGCUGUUGUAAUGGCAGAGGUGGCUAUUCCUUGGUUUAUUUUCUCCUAGGCUGAUAGCACAUAUGAAUACACCUAAAGUCAUGCUUUCUUUAUGUUGAAACGAGACAUUGUAGAGCACAUCUUUGUACAUCUAUCAAGUUCGUCCGAAAGCAAAAGAAAAAAAAAACACCCUCCCGACUUCAAUAA